AUGGCGUGGAGGCAGCAGCGCAACAGCUUCCUCGACGAGGAUGCAGAUGAGUUGGCAGCGUACUUGACGCAGGCAACGGCAAAAAAGUCGAGUGACAGCCAUGGCCCACAAGCAGCGCAGCGAAAACCCAAUGUGUUUGCACGCACCCGCACGGCGGCGCCUCGUGGCAGAGCGCGACAGGGACCGCCAUCACAGGCAGUGAGGGCGACAAUGACGACAACAUCAGCAACAGCAGCAACAACAACAACUACGAGCGGUGAUGGAUCUUCCUUGCCUUCCUCUUCUCGCUGGCUCAAGAGGCAGGCACAGCAGCAGCAGCAGCAGCAGCAGCAGCAGCAGCAGCAGCAACAACAACAACCACAACAACGACAGCGUCAGGCAUCCGCGUUCAGCAACGUGCCGUCUCAUCGCGCGUCUUCCAUCUCUGACAUGGACCGUAACCUUCCCCGACAAGGCGCGGCAACGUUGCGCUUUGGUGGCCGUCCAGACCACGGGUCACCCCGCAGCAGCAUUGACACCAACUCUUUCCUGUCAGACUCUGCUGAUGCCUACGACUCAGAUCCCCACUAUGAGCGGAACAUUGUCGCAUAUGGGUCGCUGGGACGCCAAGAUUCCCCCAUGGCAGAGCACGUGCGAAGCGUGAGCCACCGCACGCCAAGCCGGCCGCCAGAAGACAGUGGUGGCGUUGGUGCUGGGCGGGGAGCGUUUGGUGUCGUGGAUGAAGUGGCCAGUGACAGCGAUGUCUCCACGCCCUCAUCUCUGCACGAGGAACCGCACAGCCACCAGCAGCACCAUCGUGGUGGGGGUGGCCUGGACUCGGACAGCAUAUCGCCACCCUCGUCACCCAUGCAGCCGGGAGCAGCGCCGCUGUUUGAGGACGAGGGUUCGCAGCAGCAGCGGCGGCCGCCGUCCACGCGACAGAAGGAAGCGAAGACGACGACGACAACAACAACACCAGCAGCAAAACGAGGUGCGCAUGUGGCAUCAAGCAGGGAUGAAAGGAAUGCGAAGCACAAAACAGCAGCGGCAGCUCGUUAUGGAACCGAGGGUGCUGAUGACGGUACUGAUGACGGUGCUGAUGUCUCUAUUGAUGAAGCCGCAGACAAGACCACACACGCACGCAUCGCAACACUCGAUGAGUUGUCCUCCAUUUCCACGGAGUCGAGUAACAGCGACAACGCGCACAGGGCCGGCGAUGAUGACGACGACGGUGACUAUGGUGACGCGGGUCAACCUGGUGCAGAAGAGAAGGAGGAUGGGGAUGAGGACGGUGCAUACUCGGAUGAUUUUGAAUCUGGUGGCAGCGUGUCUGGCCGUGGGCAUUGGAAGCACAGCGCAGGUGCGGCGAAGGGCCACGGUGCAAGCAGUGGCGAUGAUGUUGGGGAGGAGAGCAUUGUGUCGGAGAUUGCAUCAAGUGUCAUCUCUGAAGAGGACGCAAGUGCGCAUGCAAGCGGCGGCCACCACAGCCACUCUGCACGUGAUGCAUCCGCCCUUCGCAACCUCGCCCUCCCUUCACCACAGCAGCAACAGCAGCAGCAACAUGUGCGGGAACGCGUGCUGUCUGCUGGCGAUCUACUUGACGAUGUGUCGUCCGCACCGCUAUCGGAGAGCGUUGCAUCUGCACCGAGUGGCAGUGACCAUGAGGAGACAGACCAUGAGGGAAUGAAGAAAAGAGGGAACAGGGAAGAACAGCAAGACGACGAGGAGGAGGAGGAAACAGGAGCCUAUUCGUUGGAUUUUGAAUCUGAAGUGCACACGCACACAGAGACCAGCGACAGCGAACGCGGUCGAAGAGGCAGCAGCGCUGGGCGGCGCGUGCCAAGCGACGGCACGGACGAUACGAUCUGCGGCGAGGAUGAGGAAGAGGAAGCGCGGGAGGAAGCAGACAACAGGACAGGUGAGCAAAGAAGAGGUGGUGGUGUGCUGGGCGUUUCAAAGACGCACGACCAGCACAGCGUCGGCUCGCCACGAAAAGCGACGUCCAAGGAGAAGCAUGCGAGAUACCACAAAGAGGGCAGCUCGGGGAAGAAAGAGAGGCAUGGCCGCCGCCACAGCAGCAGAGGUGAUGGUGAGUCGUCGCGGGGUGUGCACUCCUCAGGCACCGAGACGUGGUCCCAUACCAGCCGCAGCCGCAGUGACAGCUAUGACAGCAGUGGUGACAGUGGCAGCAGUGGUGAUGGUGAAAGGAGGAGGAGGAGGAGAAGGAGAAGGCGGGAGCAUGAUGAAGGGAGAGACUGGCGUGGCCACCGCCAUUAUCGCGAUGGACGCGAUCGAUCACAACGACAUCAUCAUCAUCGGCGGCGGAGUGAAAUUGAAAGGCUGGAGGAGGAGCUUCAAGCAGAACGUGCCGCGAACCUGCGAUCAGCCGCAAACACGCUUCGUGCCUCCGUCCUCAUACCCAAACGCCUGGAAGAAAGCCUUCGCGUUCCUCAGGCGCUGACGGAAUCACUUGCGGUUCAGCUCUUGCGGCAACAGCUCGACGUCUUCAAGAACGUGACUGCGACGUUUCGGCGGUUUGCGUCCUUGGAUGGAGACAUUAACAUUGCAGCUGCAGCUGGACAGACGAAAGAUGCGUGGGCGCAGACAACGCCACCCACGCCACAAACCACCACAGUCCCCACGGGCCCUGCCCCUACUACCUCCACUUCCCAGCCUGGCCCUGUUACUCUCCAAUCCACGCUUGCAUUCAUUCAACAGAACCGAAAGCCAAAACUGAGCAUGGAAGCAGCUUUACGCCAGGUGCAACAAGAAGAGGAGGAGCUCGGCUUCUCCUUCCCAUCCCAGCCGCGGAUCAACAGCAGCACAGCACAAGCACCCAUGUCGUCCUCAUCCACGCCAUCGUCCCCGAGACGAUCCACAUCGUCGACCUCCUCGCGGCGUCGCAGGGGCAAUGGACACAUCCCUUCCAGCGACAAUGCGUCGAGCCCUUUGCCGUAUGGCGGAUCCACGUCAAACAUGCCAUCCUCCGCACCAGAGACGCCGGCGGGACCCGGCAGCUCGCCGCUCGCCUAUGCCUCCACGCCCGGAUCCGUCUCCUCCUUGCAGUCAUCUCGCCUCGCCUCGCCUCGCAGGGCGCUGGGCUCCGGAUACAACAUUCGUGAAGUGGCAGACCCUUCAAGCGUUGGCGACCACCCACCUGGCGCACCAACCAGCGAAGGCUCCACCGGUGCACCUCGCAAUGUCAUCUGGGGGACAGACGUGAGCAUUGCCGACACGUGUCAGCGCUUUGUCCAGUUUCUCCGCGAGUUCCGGGACCCAUCUGCCCCCGCCGAUGCCCCCGCCAAGUACCUCCGCCUCAUCGACCAGAUGGAUGACACGGGCGAGUGGUUUGUUGAUCUGGACUGCCACGAUCUGAAUGCACACGACAGCGAUCUCUACGAACAGAUGAUUCGAUACCCACAGGAAGUGAUUGCUGCGUUUGAUUCGAUCCUGGAUGCCGAGUUUGAGCGGCGCAACGCCAAACAGGCGGACGAACUUCCGCAGACGCGUCCGUUCAACCUCCGCGAUGCCGUCUCCAUGCGCUCCCUCAACCCAGAGAAUGUGGACCAGCUGGUCGCUGUCCGGGGCAUGGUCAUCCGUGUCUCCUCCGUCAUCCCAGACCCAAAAUCAGGCUAUUUCCAGUGCACGGUGUGUGGCAAUGGCGUCACUGCCGAGGUCAACAGGGGAAAAAUCCUUGAACCAACUGUGUGCAACAACUGCCAGUCACAGAAGUCGUUCCGGCUCGUGCACAACCGCUGCACGUUCACCGACAAGCAGAUGGUGAAACUCCAGGAAACGCCAGACCGCGUGCCCGAUGGGCAGACACCACAAACUGUCCUCGCAUUUGCAUAUGAUGCCCUCGUCGACACGGUGCAACCGGGCGAUCUGAUUGAGCUAACGGGCAUCUACCGCGCAACGCCGCUGCGCAUCAACCCGCGCCAACGCACCGUCAAGUCCGUGUUCAAGACGCAUCUGGACGUGCUGCACUUUCGCGAGAAGCAGCGCCACCGCAUUGGCAAGGAGGAUGACGUCGAGGACCACAUGCUUGACCCGCGUGUGAUUGAGGAGCGGAAUCAGCGCCUGCGCGAUCUGGCGGCAAAGCCGGACAUCAUCGACCGCCUCGUCCGCGCCGUCGCGCCCAACAUCUUUGGGUUUGAGCUCGUCAAGCGCGGUGUGCUGGCAAUGCUCUUUGGCGGAACACACAAGCAGUUUGAACAGCGCGCGCGCGGCAAAUUCCGUGGCGAGAUCAAUGUCCUUCUCUGCGGUGAUCCGGGAACAUCAAAGUCACAGCUGCUUCAGUAUGCUGUGAAGCUUGCGCCGCGUGGGAUGUACACCUCUGGCAAAGGCUCCUCUGCGGUUGGUCUGACGGCGUACGUGACCAAGGACCCCGAGACGAAGCAGGUGGUGCUCGAGUCUGGCGCUCUCGUGCUGUGCGACGGCGGCAUCUGCUGCAUCGACGAGUUUGACAAGAUGAGCGACAACACCCGCUCCAUUCUGCACGAGGUAAUGGAGCAGCAGACGGUGUCCAUUGCCAAGGCCGGCAUCAUUGCGUCCCUCAACGCAAGAACAAGCAUCCUCGCAGCAGCAAACCCGCAAGAUUCCACGUGGAACCGGCGGCUGUCGAUUGUCGACAACAUCCAGCUCCCACCAACACUCCUCUCUCGUUUUGACCUCAUCUACCUCAUCCUCGAUUCGCCUGACCGGUCGAAGGAUCGCCUCCUCGCACGCCACAUUGUCGCCCUCUACUACGAGGACCAACACCGUGACACGGAUGAAGAGUUGAUGAACCGCGAGACGCUUGCGCAAUACAUUUCAUAUGCGCGCAAGCACAUCCACCCGAUUCUCACCGAGGAGGCCUCACGCGACCUCAUCCAAGAGUGA